AUGGAUUAUAUGUUCAGAGUCUGUUUUGUUUAUGCUGAGAAUAAACAUGAAGUUAGGAAAGAAUUUUUUGAGUACAUGGUUACUAUCUCCCAAGCUCAGUCCAAUACUCCUCUUGUAAUUUUAGGGGACUUUAAUGCUAUUAGAUUCCCUUAUGAAAAAUCUGGGGGUUCUGUUAGUUGGUCUAAGGAUAAAGAGGAGUUCAAUUCCCGUAUUUUGCAAGCUGAGCUGGUUGAUCUUUCCUAUGGAGGUUGUCAAUUCACUUGGGCUAAUAAGAGGACUAGUGGGGAUUAUAUUGCUUCCAAGAUUGAUAGAGUGUUGGUAAAUGAGACUUGGCUUGAUGCAUUCCCUGCCUCAUUUGCCACCUUUCUACCUUCUGGCAUAUCUGAUCACUCUGCAGUUGUGAUAUAUAUCUCUGAUAAGGUGACUUCUUUUAAGAAACCUUUCAAAUAUUUUGACUUUUGGGCUGACCAUGAGGAUUUCUGCUCUGUGGUUUCUACAAUUUGGAACCAGUACAUUCAAGGUGUCCCUAUGUUUAGAGUGUGUCAGAAAUUGAAAAAUCUGAAACCAGCUGUAAGGGGUAACAUCAAUAGGGGUAAAAUCUUAAACUUGGAGAUGAUGGAUGGCCAAAAAUCUUCAAAACCUAAGGACAUUCACAAUGCUUUUAUAGAUUUUUUCUCUGGUUUAUUUGGUACCCCUAUUGAUGACCAUUAUAAUGGGUUUGAUAGAAUCCACCCUGUGACUGAUAAAGAGAUUAAGGACACUUUUUGGUCUCUUAAAGCCAAUAAGGCCCCUGGCCCUGAUGGCUUCUCUGCUGGUUUUUUCAAAAUUUCUUGGAAUAUUGUGGGGAGAGAGGUCACUCAAGCUGUUAGAACCUUUUUUGAGUCUGGAAGACUUCUAUCCGAAGUCAAUAGUACCAUUAUUGCUCUUAUCCCUAAGGUCCCCAAUCCUGUUAAAGUGGGUGACUUUAGACCCAUCUCUUGCUGUAACACUAUUUACAAAUGCAUUGCCAAGAUCAUUGCUAACAGGAUUAAAACUGUUCUCCCUGAUCUUGUUGAUCCCGUUCAGUCGGCAUUUGUUCAAGGUAGGAGAAUAUCUGACAAUAUUUUCCUAUCUCAAGAGCUUAUGAGAGGGUACCAUAGGAAGUCCCCUACCCCGAAGUGUGCCAUGAAAGUGGAUAUCAUGAAAGCCUAUGAUAGCGUGAGGUGGGAAUUUAUUAUUGAUAUUCUUAAGGCUAUGGCCUUUCUACCUGUCAUGGUUUCUUGGAUCCAGGCCUACAUCACUAGUCCCUCUUUUUCUAUUUGCAUCAACGGGAGUCUCCAUGGCUACUUCAAAGGGGCUAGAGGUUUGCGACAAGGUGAUCCUCUGUCCCCUUAUUUAUUUGUUUUAGCUAUGGAAAUUCUUGCUAAAAUUUUGGCUGAGAAGUCUAUGCAACCGUUGUUUAAGUUCCAUUGGAGAUGUGAGAAGACUAAGAUUAUAAAUCUUUGUUUUGCUGAUGAUCUCAUGAUUUUUAGCAAAGGUGAUGUGCCUAUUGUUAAACUUGUUAUGGAAGGCCUUGAGGAAUUUUCUAACCUCUCGGGCCUUACCCUUAAUCCCAGCAAGAGUAACAUCUACUUUUCUGUUUGUGAGAUGGGGUUACGCACUUCAAUUCUUGGUAUUGCUAAAUUCAAAGAGGGCAUACUCUCGGUUAAAUAUCUUGGUGUUCCCCUUAUCACUACCAAAUUGAGGGCCACUGAUUGUGCUCCUCUCAUUGAUAGGAUCACCAAAAGAGUGAAGAAUUGGACUAACAGAGCUUUGUCUUAUGCGGGGAGGAGCCAACUUAUCCAAUCCAUCCUUUUUUCCAUGCAAGUUUACUGGUCUUCCUUGUUUAUCCUCCCUAAGAAGGUUAUUAGAGAGAUUGAAAGUAUUCUUAGAGCUUUCCUUUGGUCUGGCAGUGAGCUCAAAACUCAUAGUGCCAAGAUUGCUUGGGAUUCUGUGUGUGCUCCUAAAAAUGAGGGGGGUCUUGGGUUUAAAUCUCUUGAUAUUUGGAAUAGAGCUGCUAUAGCAAAGCAUGUCUGGUUCCUUUUUUCUGGUGGUGAGAAGUCUAUGUGGUGCCAGUGGGUUAAAUCCUAUUUACUCAAGGGUAGAAGUUUUUGGAGAGUCAAAAUCCCCCCUGACCCUUCCUGGGUUUGGAGAAAAAUAUUGUCUCUUAGGGACUGGAUGUCUCCUCUAAUUAAUCACCAAAUUGGUUGUGGAGAUUCUACCUUCCUAUGGUAUGACAAUUGGCACCCACUUGGUCCUCUAUGGAAUAAGUUUGGGGACAGGAUAAUGUAUGAUUCUUGCCUCAAUAGUGAGACCAAAGUCAGUCAAAUCAUCGAUGGUCAUUCUUGGAAGUGGCCUAUUCCUAAUUCUUGGGAAAUUCAGGAGUUGAUCUCAUCAACUCCUGAAUGCUGCAAACCUAACCCUUCCAAGUGUGACCAACUUGGAAUCAUUGGAGACAGUUUUGGUAGAGUGGAUUGGCAUAAACUCCUUUGGGGCCCUCAUAGGAUUCCUAAAGUCAGUUUCAUUGUCUGGGUAGCUAUCCAUAACAGUCUGUAUACUGGUGAUCGAGUUUGGGGUGCUAUUGAAGCCAAAUGCAACAUAAAGUGGCCUGUUUUAGAUUGGCCUGAUAUUGUUACAUAUGCUACGAAGGAGGCUAAGGGUAAAUCUCUGAGGGCUAAUAUUCUUAGCUAUGCUUUCUUGUGCUCUAUUUACCACAUCUGGAUUGAGAGAAAUAAUCGUGUUUUUAACAAAGAAUUUAAGCCUGAAGAGGUGGUUAUUAAAUCUGGUCUGUUCAGAGUUCAUUGUGGAUUCAUCUAUGGUAAGGAAGCACAACUUGAGUGGUGUGAGCCGCUAAAUUGUGGGUCGAGUGGAGUGAGAUCCUAUAUUGAGGGCACUGUUUCUGUAUUAAAUUCUAGUAGAUUGUAUCUUAUUUGCUGGAGGUACUUACUCAUGGCUGUUCUUACAGGGUCUACUAUAAUGUAUGAGUCUGUUGGGGUUGCAUGGAGAGGAAGAUCUUUACCUCUCUUGGUGACUGCUGGUUUGUUGGCACUCAGUUGUUUGGCAGCUCGCGUGAUAGAGGUUACUGCUUUGGGUUAUCGCUUGGAUGUGUUCAUGGACCUCAUUCGCAUGUAUGCGGCUUAUGCACAUAUCCUUUUGGGUUUUUUUCCUUUCAAUGGAAACUUUAAUUCGUUACUUAAUGAAGAGAGAGGGAACGAGUUGAGUGGCCUCAGUGGGUCGUACGGAGAGUUUAGCCCUAAGUGCCUAAAUCUUUCUGAACAAGAGUUAGGAAACCUAGUUGUGCGUGCACAAAAUAGUGAGAAGAAACUGAGAGGGGUUACAGCAGCAUCCAUUCAAGAGAUCUCCGAUCGACUUGCGGCUAUAAAGGCUAGAUCGGCGAUGGAAGAAGACUUUCAGUCCAGUCGUCCUACUGUUGGAUCCACGAUUGCAGAUCUAUCGACUCCGUUAUCAACCAAUUGGUCGGAUAGGGUUGAAGACGAACUGCGAUCUAAGCUUAUGGAUCUUCCAGAUAGUGUUGAGGUUACUAAACUCGGGGUAUCACUCACCAUCAUGGAGUGA